GGGCCGGCGUGCGGCGAGCGGGCGCAUGGCGCUGUUGUACCGUGCGACGCGGCUUAAGGACCGCGCCGACACCCAUGUGUUCACGUUCGUGGUGACCCGGUCAGCGACGCGGGAACCAGAUCGCGAUGUCACCUCCAAGGACUUCUGCUGCGCUCACCAGCGGUGGGCGGUCGCUUUCAGUCGGACCGAUGCUUCACUCGGUGUCUACUUAGUAUGGCGAGGCGCAUGCGAUGGCAUGCGAGUAUACGUCGACUUUACCUUCACAUUGCUCAGUCGAGAUCACUUUACUGCCAAUGAAGGCUUUUCCGGAAAACAGGUCCGAUUCAGUGCCGGGUGUGCUGCUCAAGGCCGCGGCCGCUGUGUUUCCCUCGCUGAGCUCAAUGCCAAGUUUGCAGACGCUCGCGGGGAGUUCCAACUCGAACUUAGCAUGUCGCGAGUGCGGACGCUGUAUUCAUUCGAGUUACGAGCACCGCGACUUGAUACGCCACCAAUAGCGUUCGCCGGCUUCGAUUGGUCUGUAUCAGCCACUGGCGGAAACAAGGAGCCUCUUUCAUUACGGUUAAUGAGAUUAUCAGGUGAAGGGCAACGCUGUAGAGUUCGGUACGCGCUUGCUCUCGGCGAAGGCGAGCGACGGCUACACUCCGGUCCGCUCGAAUGCGUAUGCGACUCAGAAGGACGUACGCCACCCUGGAAUCCACGACCACCUUCGCGUCUUUUACAUAAAGGUGUACGCUUAACUGUGGAGUUAGUUUGGGCGAGAGCGUUAACCGAGCUAGCCAUACCAGCUGCCGGGCGUGCCGCAACGUGUUACGACCGUGAUAAGCAAGCAUGGUCAGUACGUUGUGAUAUGCACUCGGAGACGGUACGCAUGCACAUGCUGUACCGUGAUGUACAUCAUGUGCCACGGAACCAUCUGCGGUACGUAAGCUGGUCGGCGUGGCUGGUACGCUCAGCUCCUGCGCCAGGAGAACCGGACGCUGAAGAGUUGCCUGGCGCCCCUUUCGAACACUAUUAUGCGCAGGAAAGCGCUGACGAAGGUCUCAUGAUGGAAACCGCUCUUCGUGUAGAAGAUAUGUCUCGGCCGGGAUGCCCGUUUCUGCAUCCAGGCGGUGAGCUUCGUGUACGCCUCGAAUGGGGCGACACUUACUUGCUCUUUCAAGCUACUUAUCAUGUCUAUGACGAUCUUUGUCGAUUACAAGGACAUCAAAUGAGACGCGAGAUCGCUGCCUUACAAGCGGAGAACUAUUCCCUGGAAAGGCAGUUGUUUAGCUACCAGAAGAGCCUGGCGUACGCACAAGCGCAGGCGGGUGAGCCCGCGACAGCGGAGAGCGGCGGGCGGCGCUCACCCGCUGAACGCUCCCUCUCUACAGACACAGAGUAUGCAUGAGUCGGGCUCUGAUUGUGUUCAAGAAGCCUCGCGGCCGCCUCAGACAUCGCCCGUUCUCCACUCUUCUAUCUUUUCGACUGAUUCUGACGUUUUUGAGCGAUUUAUCUAUUUUUCUAGACAUUUUAUGGCGAGGUGCGCCCUCGUCCGCACCGCUUUCCGCCGGUCGCCUGCACCCUCGCCGCUCGAGUCUAUCGAUAGCCGAUUAUUAUAUUCGACUACUUUUCUAUUUAUCUGUACAUAAAAUAAAUUUAGAUAUUAUAUAU